AUGGAUUUCUCUGAUAUUUUCCGCAUUGUCAACUUGGCCGCAGGCGGCCUCAUGGUGGUAGGAGGCGUCUUCCACGCCUUUCCCGUCUCGAUCACACAUGUCGUGAUCUCCGUCUACAUAAUCAUGUUUGGCCUUGCAACUGCGCUACUCGAAUUCCAGAUUCCUCCCCAAGUAGCUCGAUACGCCUCGUUUCUCUUCUCGUUCGUCGGUCGCGGAUUCUUCUACAUCUUCAUCGGUACCCUUCUCUUGGAUUACGGCAUCCUUGACAUUAUCAUUGGUACUCUCAUAGGCAUCGUUGGCCUCGGAUACGUUGUCCUCGAAUUUAUUCCCUCCAUCGAACCACCGCAGAACAUGCGCGAGGCAGACGGUGGAUGGGGUGCUGAGCAGGUUUAA